UCUAGAGGAUUGGGCUGCUUUACAUAUCGAUUCUUCGUGUUAAUAUGGAUCCGCGUUUUCUCACUCUCGUUCGUUUGCUAUUCUGUUACAGAACGAAGCCGGCAGAGUGCGAGGGAGUGCCGUGCUCGUAAGAAGCUGAGGUAUCAGUACCUGGAGGAGCUUGUGGCCGAUCGAGAAAAGGCGGUGCUUGCUCUGCGGAAAGAGCUCGAGAUGUAUCGUCAGUGGACUCAGGAAUUGGACGCCGGACAAGUCCCCGAAGGACUUCAGGCGAUGCUGGAGGAACUCGGCUCGCUGAAACGGGAACAGUCCAACAGCAACUAAGUGGCUAAGGAGGCGAGGAAUAAGGAAGUCACGUGGAUCGAGCCGUUCCAUUUAUCUUGUUCCUCCGAUCGAACCCCCCCCCCCCCUUCGUAGUCGAGCUUUCUUUCCGUCUUCUCUUAUCUCCCUUUCCCUUUUACUGUUCUUCGAGGCAAUAGGGAAUAAUUGGCUGGCGUAUCUGAAAUUUUAUCUUUUACUUCGGGUACUUCUAUACCGCGAUUGAUCCAUUGAAUGAACCGCGAAAAGUGGAUUUUCCGGCCUUUUUGAAAAAUACGUUUUUUAUGCGAAAUAGUGAAAUUCUUUCCUCCUGUUUUUCCUCCUAAUUCUCUCACCGAACGGCGGAAUCGUUAGCCUUGAUUACCUCGUUACCUCAUCAUGUUACCUUUUUUUAUACGUACAUUUUGUUAUCGCGACUCGUUACGUUGACACAUAUUUUUUAUUCUCGUUGAUUAAGGACAUCGGUCGGCCUCAUGUUUAGAAUGUACCUUCCUUGCAUGAUCGUUGCGAUAUAAGAAAGUAAUUAUAGAUAUAUUACUGUUAACGCCUCGAAGGGAGAAAAACGGUCGUUGUAUGUCAAAGUAUAUCUAUAUAUUCAGUAUUGUCUGUUUGAAAAGGGCGUCGUUGCGAGAUUUCCUCGUUGACCAUUUACCGAUUCGUUUGAACUUUAUCGACACGCAGUAUUUCUUGUACUGCAGAGAAUUCAUCGUUUUGUACAAAUUACGUCAUUACAAAAGUUGAUUCAUAUAUGUGUACGGAAGAGUCUGAUAGUCGAAUAAACCAAUAUUUUUCGAUGAAA